AUGGCCAGCCGCUUCGGAAACGGGCCAUCGCCCUCACCUGGCUACGGCCAGCCGCACGACGUCCAGCCCUUCCCGCGCUCCAGCCAGCCUCACCCGUCUGACGGCUUCGGCGCACACUCCUCGCCCCUCGCCGCCACCGAGCCCUUCUCAAACUUCCCCCCGAGACCCUCGCAGACGACGCGAGCCGCCGGCGAGCGUGCCGCAUCCUUUGGUCCUUCCCACCAGCAGUCGCCCUCGACUCACAGCGCCAUGUCCGCCGUCGGUCGGCCCACGCACAGCUCCAACGGCCCUCCCAACGGGUCGGCGCCGCAGCGCGCUUCGACCAUGCGGCCCAUAUCCGCCUUCCAGCCGCUAGACAACCCCGAGUACUACUCGCCCACCAGCCAGGGCCCGCAGCGACCACCCUCGCCCCAGGGCUCCACCACGCGCUCCAUCCGGCCCGCCUCACAGCAGCUCACCUUCAAGAGCCAGGACCUCCGAAGCGCCCUCUCGCUCCAGGAGGCCCACCAGAAAAAGCUCUACAUGGAGGGCUACCUCCUCAAACGCGACGACCUCGGCACUGACGGCAAGCCCCUCCACGCCGCCGACGACAAGCGCCGCUGGUCCGAGUGCUUCGUCCAGCUCUCGGGCACUGUCCUCAGCCUUUGGAACGUCGAGCACAUGGAGGAGGCCGCUCGCCAGGGCAGGGAAGUGCCGCCCACCUAUAUCAACAUCACAGACUCGUUCACCGACUUUAUCGGUCUGCUGAACGAGGACCCCGCCCAGAUCCCCGGAAGCCGUGGCAAGUACCACCACGCCUUUGCGCUCAACUCUGCGGGCAACAACCGCACCCUGUUCUGCUUCCGCGAUCCGCCCCCUUUCCCGCCGGACUCGAUCGAGCACUGGCUCGCCCCCGAGAACCGUCAGAAGCCCGAGCACCGAGCCGUCAUCGGCUGGCUCAACCUCGGCCACCGCUACCUCCAGGCCUGGAUCAACGCCAUCCGGCUGGCCUCGUGGGAAAAGGUCCGGCUGGAGGAGAUUUACACUGGGGCGCUGAUCCGGGCACGCCUCGGCGCCGUCGUCUCGCCCGGGGGCGCUGCCGAGCCGCAAAGGGAGCUGGGCGCCGCUGCGUCCGACAUGACGAUCAAGUCGCCCCUGACCAAGGGCAAGAUGGAGGGCUGGGUCAAGGCGCGCUUCAUGGGCUCCACCGAGUGGAGAAAGUGCUGGAUGGUCCUGACCGACCACAAGCCAGACGAGUCCGAGUUCGGUGGCAAGAAGAAGUUCUGGAAGCUUGGCGGCGCCGGCGACCGCAGCAGCGUCAUGAGCGUCAGCAGUGUCUCGACGGCCUCGCCCAACGCCACGCUGCCCGGCGCCUCGGCACCGGGUGAGCUGCCUCCGCCGCCCGGCAGCAACGGCGCCCCCGGCGUGGCCAACUUCUUCGAGUCCAAGAAGGCCAAGAAGCCGUUUGCCUCGCUCAUCUACGCCGCCCACGCGUUCGCCGUCUACCCUUCGCGCCCCGAGCUGGUCGAGGGAUCGAGCCUGUUCAAGAUCGAGGGCGUCUUUCCGUCGACGUCGGUGCUGUCAGCCACGCACCGCGUGCGCACCACCGGCUGGGUGAUGCUGAUGCCAGAGCUCGAAGGCGGUGGAGCCAAGGGAGCCAACGCUGAGAUGAUGAAAUGGGUGAUCGCGUUUAUGGACUCGUUCAAGCUCUACGGCCGACCCGAGGGAUUCGUCUGGGACGCUCGCAACCCGGUCUCGGCCUUCUUCGCCUACCCCAUCGGCCCCUUCAAGGACCGCCUCUUCCUCGACCGCGAGCUCGCCGAGUUCCUCGAGAUCGCCCGCGAAGACCACCUGACCUCACGCGCCGCCCUCCACGGCAUCAUGGCCGCCCGCAUGAGAGGCGAGAGGACCAAGGUGCUCCAGCCCCUGCCGCCACCUCCGACUUCGACAUCAGCCGCCAACGGCGACCAGUCCCAGGCGGCCGAGGCCAAGACCAGCCGCGCCCCUGAGCUGCCGAGCUUGGCUAGCAAGCUGCCUCCGCUUGACUUCAACACCAGCGGCAGCGGCACCAACGACGAUGGCGCUGCGCGAGAGCAGAUGGCCCCGGCCGCGACCCAGAGUCCCUCGACGGCCGGGUUCAGCAAUGGCGUCUCGGCUGGCUUCAGGGACAACGAGCUUGCCGAGGCGCCGGGACAGCGUGCACCCUCGCCGCCGCCGAUGUCGGAUAGCCAUCGCCCCGCUCGCGAGGCCCGUCCUGGCUUCGUACCGCCGAACCAGCCCGAAGUGAUCUACGCCUCGCCUCAGAACGCCGCUCAGCCAUCGCACUCCAGUCCGCCGCCGGGCUCCAUGGCGAACACCGCCCCUCGAUCGCCACCGCCGCCUUUGUCGGCUCAGAGCCUCAACCCACCCGGCGCCCAGCCCGCCGCCGGGUACCGCGCCCUCGGCUCGCCCGAGAUCCCCCCCAAGUCGACGGCUCGCGCUACCGAAGGCGCCUACCACGACCAGAACCGCGAGCGUGAGCGUAGCAUGCGCAGCGAGGUCUCGCACGCCGACCCCGCCGUCACCUCUCCGGGCGUCGCCAGCUCGGCCCACUCGUUCCGCUCCAACCAGCCGGCACGCAACGACCAGUUCGACCGGACGCAGUACACAUCUCCGGUCCGAGAGGCCCCCUCCGAAAACUUCCAGCACGAGGCACAGCCACAAGCGCAGCCUCAGCCGCCGGCGCAGCACCCCCGUCAGCCAAGCGUACCGGGCCCGUCUGGAAGGGGGGCCGAGCAAACCUCGUCGGCCGCUCGCGAGGCUCGACCCGACGUGGAUCCGGCCAUGGCCUACGACGAGAGCGCGCUGUUCUACAUGGCCUCUAUCUCUGACCAGCUGCCUGCCACCAGUGCUGCCGCAGCAAAGCCGGUCCCUCAGGCCCAGCCCGCAGCCAACGGGCGUCAGGACCUGCAGGUCCAGACCAAUGGUCCCUCGCGACAGUCCUCGCAGCGCCGAGGCGCUUCACCCUUGUCUGCUGCUCCCUCCGAGAGCAACACCUCUGCCUACGGUGGCUACUCUGCUUCGGGCCGCGAGCCAGCAGCGCCAUCGACGGCCCACUCGAACAUCGCUGCUCCCGCUGCCCAGCAGCAGGCCGACGACAGCAUCGGCGACGACGCCCUCGCCGCCUACUCGUUCCUGCAGCAGCCGCCCUCGCCGGUCGUCAAGACCAAGAGCCUCUCGUCGCCCCAGGUCCGCAACGCCCCCGCGCAGCCUGCGGUCACCACCAGCACCAUGGACUCCCAGGCGCCUUCGGAGUCUGCGCUGCGGCCUCAGAACGCCGCAUUCCCCUCCACCUUUGGUCAGAACAAGCGAGCCGUGGAGCGCAAGACGGCCGCACAGCUGCAGGCGCAGGCACACCAGGAGGCGCUCUCGCGGCCCGGACGGUCCGGCGCCAAGAAGCGUGGCGGCGGCGCCCAUGCCUGGGGCGAGGAGAGCAGCGAAGACGAAGACGAGGACGAGGAGGAUGACGAGGACGAGGAAGAGGAGGCGGCCGGUCAGAAGCGCAGCGCGGCACCGUCUGUCCGCACUGGCGCGGCUGACGGCGACGGCACGCCGGGCUACCCUCAGGUGUCGGCGCCGUCGUCGGGCUCGGCCUCCGCUUACGGCGACCAGAUGACCCAGGGUUACCCGGCAAGCAUGGCCGCCAGCUUCGAGGCGCCGCCGACCCACCAUUCGCAGUCGAUGUCGCCCGGCCACGCCGCGCAGCUGCGGGCUGGUCAGGCGCACCCGGCGCUGCAGGCGGCGCAGAGGCAGUCGGUCUUCAGCACCCACCUCGGCGCGGCUCACGGCGACGACUCGCGCGAGAGCACGCCGCCGCAGACGCUGUCGGCGCGCGACCGCCAGACGUUCCUGCAGCUCAACCCGGACGAGCAGCCUGGCGCCAUGACGACCGUCUUUACGCCGCACGGCCUGGUUCAGGCGGGCGCGCAGGACAAGGCGGAGCGCUCGGCCAAGAAGCAGGAGGCCGACGCGCGCAUGACGGGCAACCACCUUGUCAAUGUGCCCAACAAGCCGCCUCCGCCGCAGGCUGGCCUGCUGGGCGCCAUCACGGCGCACGAGCGGGACCGCAAGGCGGCCGGCGGCUACGGCGCCACGCUCACCGAACGGGAGCGGGAGCGCGUCGCCGCCGAGCGCCGGCAGCGCGAGGAGGACAUGCUGCGCCACCAGCAGCAGCAGCAGCAGAUGCAGCAGAUGGCCUACUACAACCCCAUGAUGAUGCAGCAGAUGAUGAUGGGCGGCAUGAUGCCCGGCAUGGGCAUGAUGCCCGGGAUGGGGAUGGGCAUGCCGGGGAUGGGCGGCUACGCCGGAUCGGCCAUGGGCGGCCAGAUGGGCUUUGACCCGAUGAUGGCGCAGCAGCAGGCGAUGCAGGCGGCCCAGAUGGCCUACAUGAACGCGAUGAGCCAGGCGCACCAGGAGGGCUCGGUGCUCGGCCACGGCAGCCCCUCGGCCGCCCCGCGUCGACCAUGGGCAUGCCCAUGA